AUGCAAGAAAAAGGGUACAGAUUGAUAAGGAAAUGUCCUAGUAUUAAGACGAUGGCACAUAAGGAGAUCAAGACGACGAUCUAUGUGAAAAGCAUAACUCCAUAUGUCAGUGCAUUGAAGAGAAUCACCAAAUGUCUGGAGACUCUAGAUAAACAUGGAGCAACGUACGUGAAAGUAUUGGGAAUGGGUAAAGCAAUUGAAAAGACGUUAUCACUGGGUUGUCAUUUCCAAGAGAAUAAAAAUAGAAAAGUAGAUAUAUUCACAAAAAGCAUUCCUGUGCUUGAUGAGGUUGAAGUUGAAGAUGAAGAUGAGGCUAAAGAUAAAGAUAAAGAUGAGAAUAAGGAUGGCAAUGAAGAGCAAGAUAGUGAUAGAGAAACUAUAAUGAAGAAGCGUACAGUUCCAGGUAUUGAACUGCAUAUCUACCCAUAA